GGGACCGAGCGCGAGCGCUUCGCGGCUGCCGCUGCUGAAGCUGCUCCCGCUGCGGCCGCCGCCGCGGAUUGUGCCUGGCUGAAUCUGCGCCGGUCGAACUCGCCCCGGGCUUUUGUUGUCAUCCUCCUCUCCUCCUCUUCCUCCUCCUCCUCCUCCUCCUUCUCCUCUUCCUCCUCUCCUCCUCCUGCCCUGCUGCCUCUACCUCCGCUGCCGCCGCCGAGUCCUCGGCCACCUCCUCCAGGCAGCGAGCCCAGCGCACCGGGACCUUGGCUCUGCCCUUCGCCCGCCGGACGGCGGCGGAGCGCAGCGGGGGACAGGCGGACCUGCGGACGGACAGGAGGGCGGCGGCCGGCCGGCCAUGGAUCUCCUCGUGCGGGGCUGCUGGCUCCUCUGGGUGGCCGCCGCCGCCUCGGCCCGCGGGGAGCCGGGGGGCAGCAAGAGCAGGAGCUGCGCCGAGGUCCGCCAGGUCUACGGGGCCAAAGGCUUCAGCCUGAGCGGCGUGCCUCAGGCGGAGAUCUCCGGUGAGCACCUGAGGAUCUGCCCACAGGGCUACACCUGCUGCACCAGUGAGAUGGAGGAGAACUUUGCCAACCGGAGUCGCAGCGAGUUGGAGGGGGCCCUCAGGGAGACAAGCCGAUCAAUGCAGGUGAUGCUAAGUACUCAGCUCCGUAACUUUGAUGGUCAUUUCCAGGACCUGCUGAACAAGUCGGAGCGGGCUCUCCAGGACACGUUCCCCGGGGUCCACGGGGACCUGUACACCCAGAACUCGCGGCUGUUCAGGGAUCUGUACUCGGAGCUGCGCCGCUAUUAUCGGGGGGCCAACAUCAACCUGGAAGAGGCGCUGGCCGAGUUCUGGGCGCGCCUGCUAGAGCGGCUUUUCAAGCAGCUGCACCCCCAGUACGUGCUUCCAGACGAGUACCUGGAUUGCAUGGGCAAGCAGGCGGAAGCCUACAAGCCGUUCGGCGAGGCGCCCAGAGAGCUCAAGCUCCGCGCGACGAGGGCCUUCGUGGCCGUGCGCUCCUUUGUGCAGGGCCUGGGCGUGGCCAUCGAUGUGGUCAGGAAGGUGUCCCAGGUCCCUCUGGGCCAAGAGUGCUCUCGUGCCAUCAUGAAGCUGCUUUACUGCUCCCAUUGCCUGGGCGUCCAGAGCCCCCAGCCAUGUUCUGGCUAUUGCCGCAACGUGAUGAAAGGCUGCCUGGCCAACCAGGCCGACCUGGACACGGAGUGGAGGAACCUGCUGGACUCCAUGCUGCUUGUGGCUGACAAGUUCAAUGGCCAGACAAGCAUAGAGAGCACAAUUGGGACAAUCCACGUGCGGAUCUCAGAGGCCAUCACUGCCCUCCAAGACAACAAGGACGCACUCACAGCCAAGGUCUUUCAAGGUUGUGGAAAUCCCAGAGUGAGCGGCAAGGGCUCGGGCGGAGAGGAAAAGAGACGGCGAGGGAAGCCUGUGGCAGAGGAGAAGCCCUCUGGGAUUGGGCUGGAGAAACUGGUCUCAGAAGCCAAAGCCCAGCUCCGGGAUGUCCGAGACUUCUGGGUCAAUCUCCCUACAGUCCUGUGCACUGAGAAGGUGGCCAUGAGCUCAAGCAUCGAUGAGCGUUGCUGGAAUGGGAUGACCAAAGGGCGAUACCUCCCCGAGGUGAUGGGUGAUGGCCUCGCCAGUCAGAUCAACAACCCCGAGGUGGAAGUGGACAUCACCAAGCCCGACAUGACCAUCCGGCAACAGAUUAUGCAACUCAAGAUCAUGACCAACCGCUUGCGCAACGCCUACAACGGCAAUGACAUUGACUUCCAGGACACCAGCGAUGACAUCAGUGGCUCAGGGAGCGGCGAUGGCUGUUUGGAUGAGGUCUGUGGGAAAAGACUGAGCAAAAGUCAGAGCACGAGGCAACCGGAGACCCAUGCCAUCCCCAACCUGUCGGAGCACGAUGGGAGCGGUGCCCCUGGCUGCACCCGGCCUUCCCCCUUCCUCCUCCUCACCCUAGCCCUUGCUGCAGCAUGGUCCCUAGGGCGAUAACCACCCUGCCAGCGAAAGGGACUAUGGCCGAGGCCGGCCUUUGCCAAAACGGACGGACGAUAUUUGAUUCAUCUCGGCAGACGGCGAGAACGCACGCGAGCUCAAGGGGAAGGUCGGUGACUGAGAGUGACCGUGGCCCCGGACCCAGGCAGGAGCCUUCAGCCGCUCUGACUCUCGGGCCCCAAUGGCCAUACCUGGUUGUUUGUUUGUUUGUUUUGGUUUUUCUGUUUUUUAAUUUCAUUCUUUUCCUGGGGGGCUUCAUGAGCCCUCCAGUUGAUGGGAAGAUGAGCUUCCCCCAAAGGAUCUGCCAUGGAAGACACCUGAGCAGCAGCAGCAAUGCUGCCUAACACAUUAAUAGCCUGAGUGUCUAGCAGUAGAGGGAAGCCAACCACGGGGGAGCCGAAUAGAAGGCUGAGUUUGAAGGGUCACUGCCCCCUCGAGAAAGACAAGUGCCGGUGCCUUCCUUCCCUCCAGCAUCUUUCCCUGCAAGCAGCCUCUCCCCAAGUGGGGAACCACUUCACAAACUUAUCCCAAGUCCCGGCCUCAAUGCAAAAUCCUGCCUUCAACAUCUCAAGGAAAUAAGUCUUUCUCCUUCGUUUAAAACAAAAUUAGUUUUAAACCAGUUGAUGGCCCCCUGCCCUUGAGGCGCCCAGGAGUGGGAAUUUUAUGUUUUGCAUGAGAUUCCAAAAUUCACCCAAAAUCUCAACCAACGCUAAUCUAUGACUAUACUUCCACGGCAUAUGACAUUGAAACAAAAACAUGCUGCUGCUGAGUAAUUGGAACCCUUUUUUGGUUUUUUAAACUGGCACCAAUGCCCUUUUCUCAAUGAAUUUGACGAUCAAAGGCUUUAUUUGCAAAUCAUGGUUCAUUGAGAUAUCGAUCCAAUGUAUCCAGGAGGGAGCUAGAGAAAAUGGUGCCAUGACUGUAUUUGGGGGUUAUUCUUUUUUCUUUGCCUUUCCAGGAAAGAGCAGCUCCCCCGCCUGGCAGUCCCAUCCUUCCAUUUCACAGCUGGGAUCACUGAGGCACAGAUUGGGCAAAAGCCUUUCCUCAGGUCCCACACUGGGUCAGCUGCUCUUAACCACCCUGAGAAGACAGCUGGCCUUCUAGGCCACACCAAAGCAUCCUCUCCAAGUUAUCAUUUUGGGUUUUGCUUCGUCCUAUUGCUUCUGAUACCAUAACUUCUUACUUGAUUGUCAGGCAGGAACUCAGAUUUUGAGUGUUCCUUUUAUUAUUUUUGUUUAAAUAUGCGUAGAGAGAAAGAUAUCUAUUUACCGCUGGCAAAACUUUGUCCUUCAUAGGGCUCCAGGGCGGUCAUUGGAAUCCACAGGUCUGCAAGAUCUAGCCUGCAAGUGGGACACAGAGCCCCACAAGACCUAUCCAGUGAAAUCAUGAUGGAAUUUUAUUAUGUUACUCAUUGGUCUGAUAUUGUGAGGAUUUUUUCUUUUUUCUUCUGGUGGGGAGGUUGGGGCAGGAAGGUAGAACCAAAACGCUAGCUAUUACAUGUAAGGGUUUUUAUAGGCUUGCAUAAACUUUUCAAUACUACAAGUCCCAUUUCCAUCGUUAAGAACAUUUCCUUGGAAUUAUUUUUCAAGGAACUUUCCUUUCAAGGAAGACAUAAUGGAGAGAGAGAAAGACAGCUGACCUGGGAGUCAGAAAAAUGUGGGUUCAAGUCAUGAUUCCUCAGCCAGUCGUCAAUAAAUAAGUAUUUCUCAAGCGCCUCUUCUGGGCCAGGCACUGUGCUAAAUACUGGCAUUUUUCUAAACUCCGUGGCCUUGGGCAAUAACUACUCCAUGCCUGGGCAGUUCCAGAAACUGAGAAGUCAAGUCAGAGAUCAGCAUUCCCUACCCAGGCCCAGCCAGUUCAUUUCCCCCCAGCCUCUAAAAAAGAGGGUGUGGUCUGCAGUCUCUCCUAAAUAAUUAAGCCUUACAAAGUCUGAUGAGUUUAAUGGCCAUUCCAAGUCAGGGCCCCUUUAGACCAGGAAUUUUUGAGAAGUCACAGUGUUACUGAGAACAUUACAAGCAUCCUUUGCUGCAGAGGUGAGGACUUUGUGGAUGGGAUGCCACCUGGAGUCCUCCUUCAAGCACAAGCAGAGAGCUGCCCAUUGGAUCCCUGAUGCUGCAUUCUCAUUGGUGCUAUGUGUCAUCCUUCCCUGUUCACAAGGCUCUAGGCUCUCAAGCCAUUGUGUUUUCCCAUUGAGGCCCCACAAGGCAGCCAUUCUUCCCAAGGACUAUGUUUACUCUCUACCGCCAUCUUGGCAUAGUGUUAUCCUGGCCUUUUCAUUCCUUUAAAAAAAAAGGACUUUGCCCUGAGAGUCCCUAAGCAGGCAUAGGACUCAGAUGCCUGAGGCAGAAUGGUCCCUUCCACCUUCCUUAGGAUAGCAUUUAUCCUUCCCACUACUCUGGGGAAAAUAUACCUGACUGGCCUACUCAAGGGUCUUUAAAUACGACCCACUGUAACUGAUAAGAGGGGAAGUGACUAUAAACUCAAACUCUGAGAACUAGAAGGGGACUUCAGACCAUCCAGGAGAGGAACCUUCAGGCAUUCUCUUGGAGGGCCACAUGAUCGAUCUCAAUCCAGGGCCCAUUAUUUAUCAGUCUGAACAUGCUAGCUAACAGAACAGCUAGUAGGACACUAGAAACUCAAUGGGUCAGAAAACAGAUUUAGAGCUGGAAGGGACCUCAUCUAGAUCCAUCCUCUCAUUUGACAGUUGAGUCAACUGAGGCCCAGGAAGAUUAAGUGACUAAGGUCACAUGGGUGGCAAAUGACAAAGAUUGGAUUUUUAGCUAAAAAAAUAUUUUUGCUAAAAUGCUCAAGUUGGCUGGGACUGGCCUGUGAGUCACACGUUGAAUAGCUGGGAACUGAUCCCCUCAUUGGACAGAGGGGGGAAAUGUAGUCCCAGAGAGGGGAAAGGAUUUGUUUGUGAUCACACCUGUCACCCCCCACAACACAGGCUGACCUUGAUGGUCACAGGCUUGCCUGAUACCGUCAGCAGGUUGGUGACACCUCAAGUCUCCAGACCUUCAGUCCAGGACAAUCCUCACAGCCUCCGCUCCACUUCACAGGGAACAAGUUAAAAUCCCUAAAGUGUUGCCUAUCAUUGCUCAUAAUUCCAUUUCAUGUCACUGUCUGGCUAGAAAAUGAAAAUCGCAUCAUCCGAACACUUGAGGAGGUCAGAGUCAUAGAAUAGGGAGAGAUCUUGAUGGUCAUCCAGGCUAACUAAUGCCUUUCUAACAGCCCAGACCAAGGGUCUCCAUGUGCAGACUUCCUAACACCUCUGGGAGAUUCACUCCUCCCCCCGAAGACUCCCUUCCUUCUCUUUGAAACCUAUAAAAUGUCGCGGUUCUAGGACCUAAGAAAAUUUCAUUACCCAACAAGAUCUAGUUUUGGUCAUGCAAAAGCCAGGACCCCAUGUCUGAAUAAGUGGACUCCCCUCAGGCCAGGCCCUCCCUAAGCAAGACAUCAGAUUACUGCCCCGUUAAGCCAGAGUACACACUGAGAACUCAAACCACAGACGCCCAUGAUUUUGGCUUUUGUUAUUAUAGGCCCAAGAGAUGGGAAGGAGUUCGGAGGCCAUCUAGUCCAAUCUCAUUUUACAGAUGAAGAAACUGAGUCACAUGGAGAGUAAGCAUCAGAGAGGGGGAUUUCAACCCAGGUCUUCUGACUCUAGAGUCAGCAUCCAGUCAGUAGAUCCACAUCUUUUGUGCUCAACCAUUAAAAUCACUCAACUAACAAGUAUUGAUUAGGCACUUAGGUAUUUACUGUAUUCCUUUUCCCCUGCAAGCAGCCAAGCCUAUGACAGUCCCCCAUGAGGAGACAACACAGGAGAGGUAGAAAUGCAGUAUCUAUCCUCCCACAGUCCACAACAUAAUUUGGGAAAAAUACAUCCAAAAAAUAGUGUGUCCCAAUGUUCUUAAUCAGUUUUAAGCUUUAAUAAUCAUUAUAGCUUAAAACAGAACGAAGACUUUUGGGACACCUUUCUAUUUUGGGGUUGGACAACAAACAUAAAACUUUUGCCCUUACGUUAAAGUACUAGCUGUUACCACCUUAGUAAAGGAGACCAUUGGGGACAGCGGUUCAUUUUAAUUUAAAUUUAAACUUCCACCCCAAAAAUGGAGAGUCAGGUGCCACUGAGUUCACUUUGACCACUCCUCCAAGUCCCAAUUUCUACAGGUCAGGUUUAGGAUGAAGGGGUGGGGAGGGGUCAGAAGGGGCUUUGAGGGCACCGUUGCUCACCAUUUAAGUCACAUAACAAACCUUUUGCUUUCUGGUGGGCUUACUAAGGGAUAAGGACAAUUCAAUAAAAAUGUUUUAAAAGCCUCCAAAUUAUUCCUUUGCUUUUAAAAAAGAAUGCAUCUCUCUCUCUACAAAAUGAAGAUUUGCUUCACUCACUGGCGAGGCUGUCAGAGAUUUCUUUCUGUUACCAAGGUACCUGUAAACAAUCUUGCCCUGUUUAAUGGAAGGUGGAAUGUGUUCUUUGAAUCCUUGUAUAAAUAAAAAGGCUGGAGACUUAAAUGGGCGCCGGUGCCACAACCUCUUA